CCAAGCAUUUGUUACUAAAUAUUGUACGUUAUCUGGUAAAAAUCCGUCUAACUCCAAACUGUUUUCAUAUUAGUUUUAGCCUUCAGUCAGUCAGCGCGAGUAACGUUAACUUGUUACACUUCUUUUGGAAGGAUAUUUAACUAGCAUUUUGUUUAGUUGUUAGACUAGUUUCGGUACAUUUUGAGCAUGGAAAUCCCUGGCUAUGAUAAUAAGGCAGCUCUGCAGCAGGUCAAUCAGUUUUGGUCGAUGUUAGAUGACAUGUCUCAGAAUAACCCGGAGGAGUACAGGACCUUCAUUGAACGCCAGUUACGGGAAGGAGCGGAGUUUCACUCACCGCCGCAGCCGCACGCCUGCAUCCGCACUGCUCUGCUGGGAUCAAAGGAAGGAAUAUUGUACAUUAACAUGUGCGGUUGGAAACGUGUACCAGCGCCCACUUCUUACAGUGAUCCAGUUCCUGUGUGUGGAGGACGAAUGGAGACAGUGACUGAGGAAAAUGAGCAAUACAGUGUUGUUGAUGUUGCCUUCAACCCUGAAGUUCUGCAGACGACAGAGAAAGACAAACAUGAGAAACAGAAGCUUCGCCUACUUGCUCUGAGCUCCAAAAACCCACAUUCUGAACCAGCCUCAUCACUCCCGCAGCAGAUCUCCUCACUGCGGCUGGCUGAGAGUAAUGAGGACUCAACCAUCCAGCUGAACACAGAGCAGGAGAAGAAACCAGCCCGAUCAGGUCUCAUUGAGGUGAUCUCCAGCACAGAAUCAGACCAAUCGCAGCCACAACAGCCCAAGCAUCGUCUCACAGUUUGUCCUGAUGGCAGCGGCUCAUCUAGGAGCCUGCAGCUGAGUGUUGAGCUUUCUGGGGUGAGAUCCGUGUCACAGUGCCGGCUCAGCAUCUCUCGGGAUGAUAUUCUCCUGGAAGUAGAAGACCUUUAUUAUCUUCAUCUUCAGUUUCCUGAGUUGGUCAAGGAGGACACAUGCACGGCAACGUUUAAUAAGAAGAAACAGACUCUAAAUGUUACAGUGACUGUGUAAUGAGAACACUUAACUCUUAUUUAUCCAGAAACUGAAAAUAUAAACACUAUAGUUGUA